AUGACAAUGUUUUUGCAUUUGAUAUCGGGUUCAUAGAUACGAAUAUCAAAAUACGUGUACUUGUAGUAAUAUUUUGCCCGAGGUAAAGAAAACCAGGAUUUAUUUGCUCAGACACCUAUAAAAUCAAUAUUUACAUUUUUGUCACGUGUGAACAUUGAACCCUCAACGUAAACCUAACUGAGAUCAUCAUCAUGGCCCUCGCAGAAAUUGGAUCGUCUAUUGCAGGAACUUGGGUAUUGGUAAAAAAUGAAAAUAUGGAUGAUUAUCUGAAAGAAAUAGGUGUAAACUUUGUUUUACGGAAGAUAGCAGCAGCAGCUAGUUCAACAAUGACAAUAAGUGUUGAAGGUGAUCAGGUUAGAAUUAUCACCAAAGGACCCAAGGACUCAGACACAUCAUUUAAAUUAGGCGAAGAGGUGGAGUCAAAUGAUCCCCAGGACAACCCAAUGAAGGCUACUGUUAUCUGGGAAGACGGCAAAUUAAUCACAACUGCUAAGCCAACAGAAGGAUCAAAGGCAAAAGCAACACGUGUAGAAAGACGGAUAGAGGGCGAUCAAUUAAUAAUGGAUGUUUCUGUAAAUGCUGUAAUGAUGAGAAGAAUUUGGAAGAAAAAGUAAACAUGCUGACAUUUUAUGCUACCAUAGACUGAGUUUGGUUUGAAAUUUGGUUGUGUUUCUUAUUUUGAUAUACAAAUCUGUUUGUCAAAUUUUGUUUUAGAUACUGUCAUAUUUUAUCAAUUUGUGAAAUAAUAA